GAUCCCUUGUAAAUCCAUUGCGUGAUUCAUCAGUUCAGCAGGCCAUAUAACUGAAACACUCUGGUGUCUUGUGUCUUCCUCCUCCUCCUGCUCCAUCUUCUUCUUCUGCAUCGUCGUUCUUGAAUGGCCGCUGGUUCUUCUCUAACGCGGUGUCCUCCGUUGGGGUUCGGAGCGAAGUACUACCAUGUGUCUGCGGAUGGAGGAAGCUGUGUGAGGCAGAGCAGCUUCUUUGGAGGCCAAGCUGUGCUCAAUCAGGGCGUUGGGUAUUCGGUCAUUCUUGGGUUCGGUGUUUUUGCUGUCUUCACCUCUUUCCUGGUCUGGCUGGAGAAGCGUUAUGUCGGGUCGCGCCACACUUCUGAAUGGUUCAACACUGCAGGAAGGAAUGUCAAAACUGGACUAAUAGCUAGUGUCAUCGUUUCUCAGUGGACGUGGGCCGCUACAAUCUUGCAAAGCUCAAAUGUCGCCUGGGAAUACGGAGUUAGUGGGCCGUUCUGGUAUGCGAGCGGUGCUACGAUCCAGGUACUCUUGUUCGGUAUAAUGGCUAUAGAGAUCAAAAGAAAAGCUCCUCAUGCUCACACUGUCUGCGAAAUCGUGAGAGCUCGUUGGGGAACUGCUGCGCAUAUCGUUUUCCUCGUCUUCUGCUUCAUGACGAACAUAAUCGUCACUGCAAUGUUGCUUCUCGGCGGCUCUGCUGUCGUAAAUGCUCUGACUGGAGUGAACAUAUAUGCCGCUAGCUUCUUGAUCCCCCUCGGAGUGAUUGUCUACACUUUGGCUGGAGGCCUAAAGGCCACCUUCUUGGCGAGCUACAUACAUUCUGUUAUAGUGCACCUGGUUUUAGUAAUCUUCGUCUACUUGGUAUACACGGCAAGCAACGAGCUCGGUAGCCCGAGCGUCGUUUACAGUCAUCUCUUGGAGGUAGUGAGCAAAUCAAGAUCAUGUCAGGAGCCAAUUUCCCACAGCGGGCAAUCUUGCGGUCCUGUUAGUGGGAACUACGAUGGAUCUUAUUUGACAAUGUUAAGCUCUGGAGGGCUCGUGUUCGGUAUUAUCAACAUUGUCGGCAACUUUGGUACCGUCUUUGUCGACAAUGGAUACUGGGUGAGCGCCAUAGCUGCAAGACCCUCAUCAACACACAAGGGCUAUUUGUUAGGCGGACUAGUGUGGUUUGCUGUGCCGUUCUCACUGGCCACGUCCCUCGGUCUAGGAGCGCUUGCGCUUGAUUUGCCGAUUACAGCGAGCGAAGCAAGCCAUGGACUUGUUCCUCCAGCUACAGCUAUUGCCUUGAUGGGGAAAGGAGGAGCAAUCCUCCUCCUCACUAUGCUCUUCAUGGCCGUGACGUCCGCCGGUUCCUCCGAACUAAUAGCGGUGUCUUCAUUGUGCACAUAUGACAUCUACCGUACUUACAUCAAUCCAAACGCGAGCGGAAAGAAAAUCCUCCAAGUUUCAAGGAGCAUCAUCCUUGGGUUCGGGUGCUUCAUGGGAGUGCUCGCCGUGAUCUUGAACAAGGCCGGAGUCUCGCUUGGCUGGAUGUACCUCGCGAUGGGAGUGAUCGUCGGCUCGGCUGUCAUCCCCAUCGGGUUCAUGCUCCUCUGGAGGAAGGCAAACGCGUUUGGCGCGAUUCUCGGGACCAUCUGCGGGUGCAUCCUGGGAAUCGUAACUUGGUUGGUGGUCGCGAGCGUUGAGUAUGGCCGGGUGAAUCUGGACACCACUGGGAGGAAUGCGCCGAUGCUCGCGGGGAAUCUCGUCUCGAUCCUUACUGGUGGGGCCAUCCAUGCCAUCUGCAGCUUACUGUGGCCUCAAAACUAUGAUUGGGAAACCACCAAGGAGAUCACCAUGGUUGAAAAGGAUAAGACUGAGCUGCCGUCGGAGGAGUUCAAGGAAGAGAAGCUGAUGAGGGCCAAGGCAUGGAUCGUGAGAUGGGGCAUCGGGUUCACUCUCCUCAUCGUCGUGUUGUGGCCGGUUCUCUCGCUCCCAGCAAGGGACUUCAGUAAAGGGUACUUUACAUUCUGGGCGGUCAUUGCGAUAGCGUGGGGAACCAUCGGGUCUGCAGUUAUCAUCGCUCUGCCGGUGAUGGAGAGCUGGCAGACUAUCCAGAGUGUCUGCAUCGGCAUGUUCACAAAUGACCGGCUAAUGGAAAAGAUCCAAGAACUCAACGUCAAGUUACAGGCAAUCGUAACGGCGAUACCCGAAGCGGAAAGAUUGUAUCUCCUCGAGGUGGAAAAGACCAAAAAACUGGAUGCUAGUGAGCAACAAGUCUUGCCUGCUUAGCUCGCUUGAUGUGAGUUGCCGAUGCGAAAAACUUCAGGGGAGGAGUGAAAGUUGUGCAGAAAAAUUGGAUGGGUGAACUUGCUCUCUCUUGUUUGUCAUGUCAUGCCAAUCUUUGUGUGCUUGAAGGAGCUCGCUUUGGGCAAGAAAGCAACUGGCUUGGAGGCCAUAAUGCGUAAUUUCAUCAAGUAAAUGGUCCUGAUUUCAUCG